ACGCCGUCAUUCUGUUUUAAUUUCCUUUUUUUUUUUUGGUUUUUUUGGGGGGGUCUGUCCUCUUCUGUUUCCUGUUUGUCUCCCCCUUUCUUCUGUUUGUGCGCCCUUGUCUAUCGGUGGAGUUGUCAAGUCUGAGCAGACUUAUGUCAGUCUAAGCAGACUUAUAUCAGUCUAAGCAGACUUAUGUCAGUCUAAGCAGACUUAUGUCAGUCUAAGCAGACUUAUGUCAGUCUAAGCAGACUUAUGUCAGUCUAAGCGCUUAGCGUUAUGUCCCCUUCCUCCCAGUUCUGACGUUCGUUUUACACCUCUCUUGUUGCAGACAACAGAAGCUCGUCUUGUGCUGUCCCUACCCCUCACUCAAACCUACUCGGCAGCAGCAUUAGCACCACCACCACCAACAACAACAACAACACAUCAUUAUCAUCAUCCUCAUCACCUAACAACAACAACAACAACAACAGCAGCAGCAACAGCAGUGGCAACAACCAAACGUUUGCCUCUCCUUCGUCCCCUUUGCUGCUCUCCUCCACCUCGCCGUUUUCAUCUUCUUCAUCAUCGUCUCGUCUGCCUUCGGCGCAUGCUGCCUCCUCGUCUGCAGUCAGAUCAUCCCCUCCAUCCUCCUCCCCCUCCGUAGCGACAGCAGCAGCAGAAGCAGCAUCAGCAACUUCGUCGUCGUCGUCGUCGGCAGCCACAGUGGCGAGCAGUUCUUUCUCCCCACCCCUGACUUCCCCCACCUCCUCCACCUGUGCCAAUAGCAACCCGGAAGUGACGACAUCGACCACGCCCACCCACGCGACCGGCGACCACCACCACCACAACAGUAGUGACAAUAAGUCUAGUAACUUUAGUAGUAGUGGUAGUAGUAGUAACGCCAACAGGAAGAGCAGCAUCGGCAACAUGGACUCAUCUAGCGCAGCCGUCGCCGCUGCUGCUGCCUUCUCUUCAUCAUCACCUUCCUCAUCGCUCUCAUUGUCGUCCAACACAGCAAACGCCAACACAACGAUACCGCCCCCCUCCUCCCCCUUUUCCUCCUCCGAGCCCAGCACCGCCCUGGCGUCGGUGAGCGUCAAGCGCGAGGCUCCGUCGCCGGCGAGCAGUUCCACGCUGCACUCCGCGCCGCAACCACACAGCUCCACGGACGCCAUGGCGG